CAUUUUUUCAGCCUUGUUGCCCCGGUCCCUUGUCGGAGACCUUGAGAAUCACGAGCUUGUCCCAAAUUCAUACAUCUUGAAACCCCCUCUCCCUCUUUCAUAGACCUAUCUCUUCUUUCUAUAAUGGCCAUACCAGCUGGGGCGCCGGGCCCCGAUGUCUCCAUCGCCCACAGGUUCUUGGGCCCUACCGCUGCGUUCCUUGCGUUGGAUAUCCUUCUCUAUAUCGCUCGCAUGUACACUCGUCUCUUCCCCACCAGACGACUAGGAAUGGACGACCUAACAGCCUCACUAUCAAUGUUCCUCAUGAUAAUCAUCUGGGCCCUCACGGCUCGCGCCGUCGACUUCGGCAUGGGCCGCCACAACUUCUACGUCUCCCUAGAAGACCAACAACGCGCCGCGCACCUCCUCUUCGCCGUGCAACCCCUCUGGGCGUGGAGCGUCGGCCUGGGCAAGAUCAGCAUGGCCUGCAUGCUGCUGCGCAUCAUGCGCUCCAAAGCCUGGCGCAUCUUCCUCUACAUCAUCAUCGGCAUCCAGCUCGUGUCCACGACGGCCUUCAUGUUCGUCGUCCUGCUGCAAUGCCGCCCGCUCUCCGGCAUGUGGGCGCCCAAGGCCUCGGACAACUGCUGGGGCCCGCUGUCGACGCAGAUCGCGCUGUACGUCAACGGCGCCGUGUCCAUCGUCACCGACUUCAUCUUCACGUUCCUGCCCUUGACCUUCAUCAGCAAGAUGAACCUGCCGCUGCGGCAGAAGGUCGUGCUGUGCACGCUGAUGGGCAUGGGCCUCUUUGCGACGGCCGCCGGCAUCGUCAAGCUGACGCUGGUGAAGACGUACACGAAUGGCGGCGAUACGCUGUAUAAGAUGGUCGAUCUGUACAUGUGGGGCUAUCUGGAGCAGGAGAUGAGCAUCAUUGCGCUGUGUGUGCCGUGCCUGAAGGCCCUGUUCGAGAAGAUCUUGCGCAAGCUGAAGCUGGUGUCGAGCAGCGGCGGUCGGUCCAGCGAGCAGAAGAGCCGGAGUGGGUAUAUCAAUUUUGGCAACAACCAGAAGAGCAAUCCGUACGGGACACAGAAGAGCGGCACGUUCGGGGUUACGAGUCAGGCUGCGCAUGAGCUGGACGUAGUCAAGCAGAAGAAGAGGGGCGAUGUGGAAACGCAGAGCCAGGAGACAAUCUUGCAGAAGGAUGGGCAGAUUACGAGGACGACGGAGGUGACGUUUGAGACGGAGACGGUUAAGGAUUUUGACACGAGUAGUUCGGCGACGUGAUUACUUCUUACGCGUUGUAUGCAUAGCGACGGCGUUUGGGAUGUUCAGGCAUGUUGAUUCGCGAUGACCUUAAAAGUAACAUGAUAUCAAAUACCCACAUGCAACUUGAUAACGACGCGUAAUAAUAGACAGAUCAUGCUACAAGGAGAAAUGCGACAG